CUUCAACAACAUACACGCUCACGAGGCGCUGUAGGCGACUGGAUCCGCCCUAUUUACUCGCUACAACUACAUACGGUGAACCAUUCACUGGUUUGUUCAGUCGCCGGCUUAUUCAGUUGUCAACCACCCGAAAGGCGGACGCUCUCGCCGAGAACGCAAUAAGUAUGGAUACGUGACUUACAGAAUAUAAGAGGUGAAGUUCGACAAGUUCAGUAACUCGCCCUAUCUUGCCGCCAUGUUGUCAACGUUUUUCAAAAGAAGGCGCCGGGCCUCCUCUUUGACUUUUCUUGGACUUGUAACCUUCAUGUUCCUGUGUUUAUGGAACUUUUCCACGAUGGACAACCCUUCACAGACAUACGUGCAUAGAUUCAGGUUAUUCGGUGGAGCCGCGGAGGACGAUCUGCCGUCUGACUUUUACAAACUACCGGCGGAUGAUCCUGCGCUGGUGAAUAUAGUCCAUAGCAAGUUCCGGUCUCCGUCCACAAUGGAAUAUAACCUGACUGAACCGGACAAGCGAGACUUCUCACGUGGACAAAGUGAAGUCAUUGACCAGCUCCUCGGUUCAAAGGAGAACGGCUUCUUCGUGGACUGCGGGGCGUUCGACGGCGAGACCAAGUCUGUGACUCUGAUGUUCGAGAAGCUGCGGCAAUGGCGGGGACUCCUAGUGGAGCCAAACAGAGACCAAUACUUCAAGAUUGUCAAGAAAAACAGGAAUGCACAUUCCAUCAACGCGUGCGUGCGCACGGACAUACAAAACUAUGGUAGACCGGAAAAGAGUGAAGAACGCUAUGGCUUUUUCGAGGGCAGACAACGCAACGAUGUCAAGGCAGUUCCAUGUUUUUGGCUAACGACGUUGCUCCUGGCAACUGGACAAAAGACCGUUGACCUCCUGAGCAUUGACCUUAAUGGCAAGGAGAUGCCCUUGCUACAGACUAUUGACUUUGACAGGAUCAAUAUCAAAUCAAUCAGUUUAGAAAUACCGAUAUCCUACGAGGGGAGGUCUAUUUUACCCAUAUUGGACUAUUUGAAAUUAAAGGGGUUCUCCGCGAUGCAUCAGUUUACAGAUCACGUUCAUAAAACAAAAGACCUCGUUUUGAAAAAGACAUCAGCUUGAAACAGGCCAAGAUCGGGAAAUGCUGUCUUGGUGAUAUUUCAAACGAGAAUUGGAAUUGUUGACUUCAGUGCUAAUGGACAUUCUAAACAUAUAUUCAGCGGAUCAGUUCACAAAGGAAUACGAUCGAGAGUGUGGCAAAUACCGGGUCCAAACACUGUUUUGACAUCUAUCAAUGGAGACAUGACGUAAAGAAUGGUAAUGACGUCACAGUGCCGAGUCUUGGAGGUCAUCGUGAUGCGACAUUCUUGUGCAAGGCCCAUCACACGUGAAGCGAGAACCAGGACAUGAAAGAAACAAUUGAAAUAUGUAAUCCUUGUGUGGAAUCAAUGAUUAUAAUCAGGAGCCCUGAUGUUAUGAUUUGCUGCAUUGAAACCUUUACCUACAGUACAAGGACAUUUCUGGGUAUGGAAUAACAUGCACGAUGGAUCUCACAGAGAUUUUUUUCAUCUUACGGUUAUUUCCAAUGACAAUCCAGAGCUGACGUAGUCAAAGCUUGGGUGUUGUAAUGGUGUGUUACACUGGCGUACACGUACACAUAUAUACAUCUCAAAUUACUCAUUUUAUGCAGUUUGCCAUGUAAGGACAAAAUAUUGUGUCAGCAUUUAGGCCACAAACAAACGUCACAGCCUAGGGAGUUUGUCUCAUAUAUCCGUACAUACCAGCAGAGAGGUACGACAAGCACGCCAUCAAGUCAUCGAGCUUUUCACAUCAAUGCACCAAUGACUAUAGUCUGUUUGCAGUGAAAACGUACCGGUGAAUUGUAAAUUACAAAAUUGUAAAUCGAAUAAAGUGAAAUUAAGAUUGCGAAUCCUCAUAAUUCUACCUUGCCA